AUCUGGGAAGAGUCGACAUCAAACUUGCGUUUCACGGAGCAGUUACAAUUGUGUUUUCUCUAUGCAUUCUUUUCGAAGAGAUCAACCACUUUCAGUUCAAUUUCAAACGAGCUGAAAGGAACCCUAGAAUUUUGGGGAGAAAUGGAGCAGUACCUGGGAAGAACAGUGAAAAAGAAGUUUAAACGGUACGGAGUGUUCACUGGUACUGUGAAAUCGUAUGAUUCUGAGAGUGAAUUCUUCAAGGUUGUUUAUGAAGACGGAGAUUCCGAGGAGCUUGACCUUUCCGAGCUAGUUCCUCUUCUGGUUGGGUCUCAAUCUGCUGAAGCUGACUUCACCCAGAAGUCGUCUUGUUUUGGUAGAAAGCCUCUGAAAAGGCGUCGUGUGGAGCAGGAGCAGGCCGGGAAUGCAGCGGCAACUGACAGUGACGCGGGACUUAAUUCUGAUGACUUCAGUCCGUGUUUUGAAAAAACUCGUCUGGAAAAUGGAGGAUUGGAUGAAGAGACUAAGAACUUAGACACUGAAUUGAAUGUGUCAUUGGCUAGAACUGCCGAUUCAAGUUAUGAAGAAACUCAAAGAAAUGGGAAUGGCCCACAUGCCGAGGCACUUUGUGGCAAGAGUGCAGAAAAAACUCCACGGAAUCUGUGUGGUGGUUUGGUUGAGAAUAGAUUUGAGGAUGGGGCUUUAGAGGGAGUUGACAUUGACUUUGCAGAUGUGGCAACUCCCAGAGAUGACUUUGUAAUCAGUGUAUCAUCAUGUGGGCAAACAGAAAGACAUUGUAGGAAGAGGGGAAUGCUUUCCAAUGCUCCCCAUGGUAUGAUAGAUACAAUGUUGAGGAGAAGCACUCGUAGAGCAAGUGAGUCUUCCUCAUCUCAACAUAAAAUUGCUCAAGCAGUAGUGGAAGAUGCAGUCAGUGAUCCUCCAUCAUCUCCUGCUCUCAGUGCCGGUUCGGAUGAGAAAAUUACAAUAUCUGGUCAUUUAGUCUUUGAGGACCAAAAUGUUCUCUCCCCAAAGCCUGAGCUGCCACCUUCUUCAAAUAGUUUGGAUUUAAUUGGAUUGUCUGUGCAGGAUGUCUUCUCCUUGUAUGCCUUUUUGCGUUCAUUUAGUUCAGUAUUGUUUUUAAGUCCCUUCGAGCUGGCGAACUUUGUGGCAUCCAUUAAAUGCAGCACGCCUACUGUGUUAUUUGAUUCUAUUCACCUUUCUCUUCUACAAAUGCUAAGGAAGCACUUGGAGACUCUCUCUAGUGAAGGUUCUCAGCUUGCUUUUAAAUGCCUUAGGUCUCUUAAUUGGGAUUUGCUAGACAUGAUCACUUGGCCUAUCUUCAUGGUUGAGUAUUUGCUUAUGCAUAGUUCAGGAUUGAAAUCUGGUUUUGAUAUUUGUUGCCUAAAACUAUUUGAGUGUGACUACUACAAGCAACCAACUUCCGUGAAGAUCGAGAUAUUACGUUGCCUUUGCGAUGAUGUGAUGGAAAUUGAGAUCAUAAGGGCAGAGCUUAAUAAGAGAACAUUGAUGAGAGAGUCAAACAGUGAUCUUUAUCAAAAUUUGAGGUUUGACACUUUGAAGAGAAGAAGGGCGACAACGGAUGUUGCAACUGGUUCAUGUUUGACAGAGGAGCUGGUAGAUGAAAGUGUUGAUUGGAACAGUGAUGAGUGCUACCUUUGUAAAAUGGACGGGAACUUAAUAUGCUGUGAUGGUUGCCCUGCUGCUUUCCAUUCCAAGUGUGUGGGUAUUGCCAACAGUCUUCUGCCAGAGGGAGAUUGGUUCUGCCCUGAAUGUGUCAUUGAUAGAAAGUUUCCUUUUAUAAAAAUGGGGAAUUCAGUUCGAGGAGCUGAAUUGUUGGGAAUGGAUGCUUAUGGCCGGCUGUACUUUAACUGCUGUAAUUAUCUUUUGGUGUCAGAUUCAUGGGAUGAUGAGUCAUCAUUCAAGUACUACCACAUAAAUGAUUUGCCUGCAGUUUUGGGGGCACUUAAAUCAUCUGAAAGUGUUUACCACACUUUGCUGACUUCAAUUUCCAGACUUUGGGAUGUAUCCUCUGUCGUUGAAGGGGUGAACUGUACUGAUACUCCUUCAAUUGCAAUGCAAUAUGCCAAUAAUAGGUUUGGUGAGAGUAACCCUGUGACAAUGCCAAGGAUCCCUUCAUGUUCUGCUGAUCUAGGAUGUGAGAAGUCGGUGACUGCCAACCCUAUGUCGAAGAUGGACAUUCUUAGGGGGGCUGCCAAUCUGUCUCAAGCAUGCAUAAGCAAUCAAAAUACUAAGGGAAGUGGGAUGCCAGAUGAUACUGAACUUUCACGAAAGCUUGAGAAUGGACAAAACCAUUUGCUUGACGAGGCACAUCUUAAUUCACCCACAAGCAUAGAUGACCGACCAAUGAAACUAAGUUCUGGAGCUCUAAUGUCACACUAUCAGUGCUUAGACUCUUACAUGAACUUUUAUAGCUUUGCUCGAAUAUCCUCGGCAGUAGUUGAGCAUUUAGCCCGUAAACCAUCAGACAAUAAGUCUACCGAAAAUGUUUUAAGAUCAGAGGAGGAAGUAAUUUCAGCUCAGCUGAAAGCCAUAUCAAAAAAAUCUACUGACUUCUAUUGGCCAAAUAUUAAACAAUUAGAUGUUGGUGCCAGGAAAGAAAAAUGUGGAUGGUGUUACUCUUGCAGAGUUCCUGAAUGUGAACGGGACUGCUUGUUUUUAAUGAAUGACACUGGCCCAGACCAAGAAUUUUUUUCAAGUGAGGCAUUAGGUGUUAGUUCACAAAAAAAUAGGGAAGGCCAUCUUAGUGAUGUCAUAUGCCAUAUCCUUUGCAUUGAAAAUCGUCUACAUGGGCUCUUGUUGGGUUCUUGGUUAAAUUCAAAGUACCCACAAAUCUGGAAGAAAAGUGUUCUCAAAGCAUCUGAUGUUCCAUCACUAAGUAUUUUAUUGCUAAAGUUAGAGUCAAACCUUCGUGAGCUAGCGCUUUCAGCCGACUGGUUCAAACAUGUGGACUCUUUAGAUAUACUGGGGUCUGCAUGUCAUGUUGUGACCAGAUCUAUGCGGGUGUCUACUAGACAUGUCAUCAUGAAAAAGGUCAGGCGUUCAGAACUGGAGUCAAAUCCAUCUUCAAAUGCUGGAAGUGGAUUGCGCAUAUUGUGGUGGAGGGGUGGUAGACUCUCUCGCCACAUUUUUAGUUGGAAAGUAUUGCCCCGUUCAUUGGCUUGCAAAGCUGCUCGACAGGGUGGAUGUAAGAAGAUACCAGGCAUAUUAUAUCCGGAUGGUCCAGAUUUUGCCAAGAGAAGUAAGUCUCUGGUCUGGAGAGCUGCUGUCGAGGCAUCUAGGAGCGUGGAGCAGCUUGCUCUUCUGGUGAGAGAUCUUGAUGCAAAUAUAAGAUGGAAUGACAUUGAGAAUGCAAAUAUUCUAUCAAUGAUUGACAAGGAAUCUCAAAAGUCAAACAGAUUCUUCAAAAAGGUUAUAAUUCGGCGGAAGUGCUCUAAGGGACCAGUUGUUAAAUAUCUUCUCGAUUUUGGCAAAAGAAGGUUUAUCCCUGACGUUGUUAUGAAAUACGGAUCCAAGGUUGAAGACUCAUCAAGUGAAAAGAAAAGGUAUUGGCUGGAGGAAACCUAUGUUCCAUUGCACCUCCUGAAAAAUUUUGAGGAAAAAAGAAUUGCUCGCAUUUCUAGUAAGAUGACUUCUCCCAAGCUGCGGGAGCCUAGAGGAAUAAUAAAGAAACCAUUCAAGAAGGGAUUCUCGUAUCUUUUCUCAAAAGCAGAGAAAGCUGAGAAUUAUCAAUGUGGGCACUGUAAUAAGGGAGUACUCAUCAGCGAAGCUGUUAGCUGUUCGGACUGCAAAGGUUUUUUCCACAAAAGACACGUGAAAGGGUCUGGAUCAGCUUUUUCAUCUGAACGUAUCUAUACGUGCCACAUGUGUAUGGUUGGAAAACAUCAAAAAAGCACUUCCAAGAAGGGAAAUUUGGUAUCAAAAAAGAAUAAGAAAGCAUCCAAAUUAUUGAGGUCUAUGUGCCGAAGAACAAAGAUUAGGGGUACUAGGGAUAAACAACAGUCACAGUCUCAAAACAACACCAAAGUUUCUGUUGUUGUUGUUCCCUUACGUCGUUCCGUUAGGAAAACUAAAAGUUUACAAGUGCUAGAGAAAAACGCUAACAAGAAGAUUGGGUGCCCAAGGAGAAAGAAAAUGAGAUCAAGAAAAGAUACUUCAAAGAAACCAGUAGAAGUUCCCUGGCAGAAGAAGAGAACAAAGUUCUGUCGUAUUUACUGGCUGAAUGGUCUCCUGUUGUCACAGAAGCCUAAUGAUGAUCGAGUAGAACUUUUUAGAAGAAAACAACUUCUUGUUCUUUCGGGCGAGUUGGGUGGCACAAUUGAUUCACCGAAAUGUGGUCUUUGUAGUGAACUUGAAUCUACAACUUCCGUAAAUUACAUUGCAUGUGAAUUAUGUGGAGAUUGGUUCCAUGGAGAUGCGUUUGGUCUUACAUCUGAAAGAAUUGGUAAUGUAAUUGGAUUUAAGUGCCAUAAAUGUCGUAACAAGAGCGCUCCUGUUUGUGCUUUUAUGUUCACAAGCAGCAGAAGGGUGGUUAAAAUGGCUGAUUUGAGCGAUGUGAAGAUUGAAUAUUCAAACGUGAAUUCUAUGGGAAUGAAAGACCAGUCACAUUUACAAUCGAAGUAUUCUUCUCUUGAAAAACAUCACAAUUCAGAUGGUGGAGGGGAGCCUGUCAUGGUGGAACAGUGGACAGAAGCAAUGGAUGUUGAAGUGCAGGAGGACCCAGUUUUGGCAACAAAAGGACUUUGAGAAUUCUUGUAAAAUAGAUAUUGAUGUACAGGAGGAUCUUGUGGGUUAGUUAACCCAGAAUUAUAUCAAAGACAGAUCGAAUCACCCAUGCAGAAUCAACAUGGCGAAAUGAUCAUCACUGUAAGUUCAUGAACCUGUGAAUUGUAAUGAUAACCAUUUUAGACAAGGCAAUGCCAGUUAACUAGAGAAAUGAGAUUGACAAAACAAAAAACUCGGCCAUUU